AUGCGGGUUCGUUCGCUUUGCCGAGGGGCACUUCUGGGCUUCUUCGUUUCCUUGUUAUUUGCAGCCAGCUUCUGCAAUGGGGAUGAUAAGACCAUACAGGUUGUGGGGGUGGGAGAAUGUGCUGACUGCAAGGAGAACAACAUUAAAACUAGUCAGGCAGUUUCAGGGCUUAGGGUAACCAUUGAUUGCAAGCUUCAAAAUGGAGAAAUAAAAAGAGUGGGAGUUGGAGAGCUUGAUAAAGAAGGAAAAUUCAAGGUUUCAGUUCCUGAGGAGAUUGUUGAAGAUGGAAAACUCAAAGAGGAAUGUUAUGCACAGCUUCAUAGUGCAUCUGCAGCACCGUGUCCAGCACACAAUGGCCUCGAGAACUCCAAGGUUGUCCUGAAGUCGAAAACCAAUGGAAAACACACCUUUGGCCCCAAUGGAAAUCUCAAAUUCUCCACUGCAUUGUGCACUUCUGCUUUCUUGUGGCCAUUUUUCAAGUAUCCACAUUUGCCAAAAAUCCAUCCGUGGAAGAAACACUUCCCUAAGGUUUACUUUCCACCACUGAAAAACUUCGGCCACCCUUGGCCUCUUCCUCCAUUCCCACCAGUUUACAAAAAACCACUUCCUCCCCCAGUUCCCAUUUACAAAAAGCCGCUUCCUCCACCAGUCCCCAUUUACAAGCCGAAGCCACUUCCUCCGCAUGUUCCCAUUUACAAGCCAAAGCCUCCAGUAAAGCCGCUUCCACCACCAGUUCCAAUCUACAAACCAAAGCCAAAGCCACCAGUUUACAAACCUCCGGUGGUAAAGCCACUUCCACCACCAGUUCCUAUCUACAAGCCAAAGCCACCAAUUUACAAACCUCCGGUGGUAAAGCCACUUCCACCACCAGUUCCAAUCUACAAGCCAAAGCCACCAGUUUACAUCCCUCCAAUAGUAAAGCCACUUCCACCUCCAAUUCCAAUUUAUAAACCACUCCCACCAUUCUAUAAGAAACCAUGCCCUCCAUUCCCCAACCUUCCUUUCCAACAUCCUAAAUUCGGAUUCUUCCCUCCCCUCCCUCCUUUCAUUCCUCAACCAUAG